AUGCGGCCCGUGUUCGCGGAUUCCGAUUUAAUCGUUAACCCGGUCGUUCCGGUGCCCCGCGGCCGAACGUUUUGGCCGCCAAAUGGUCACCGCGAUCGGCAAUCGGCGCGCGCACGUUUUCGUCACGGAGUGCCUUGCCGGACCGGACGAUGUUGGGUUACGGCCGUCGCGGCGCCUUCGACUCGACGCGCGUUUCUGCCGGACCGUACGGCGUCCGCCGAGCAUCCGACUCCGGUAACAGUUUUCGCUGCCGGCGACCGUGUCACGCCGUCACGGGCGCCGGUCGCACGCCGACCGCGGCUUUGGGAACAGAGACGCGCGUUAAAUUUAGCCGCUUACCGCGAACCCCUUCCCGAAACAGUUACCGAUAGCGCGCGAGUCGAUAUCGCCACCGAAUACCCGCCGACCGGUUCGUUAAACGUGUACUCGAUGCACGCCGAAAUCGCGACCCCCGCGGACCGCUUUCCGAUAGCUUUUCCGGAAACGUUCGACCCAUUAUUGCCUCCGAAAAUCCGCCGGUCAGUGUAUCGGAACGCUUGCCAACUUCUUUCGGAACCGAAACCUCCCACGAACCCUACUCUCCGAUUGCCGCUACCGGUAAUGCGCAUCCCGAGAACGCCGCCGAAAACACGGAAAUCAGAACACGAGUACCUCUCCAUUCGGAAUCGCUACUUCCCGAGAACCCUCAUCUCCGAACACCGCCCAAUAGUGGACCGCACCACGGAUUGUAUACAACCUGCAGAUGUGAAUCAAACGUGCAGAUAA